GAUGCUCCCCGAGCUGUCUUCCCGUAAGUUGGAUAUCUCACUUCAAUCCGUAUCUGACGCUUCCCAGAUCCAUCGUCGGUCGACCCCGUCACCAGGGUGUCAUGGUCGGCAUGGGACAGAAGGACUCUUACGUCGGAGAUGAGGCCCAGUCCAAGCGUGGUAUUUUGACCCUGAAAUACCCCAUCGAGCACGGUAUCGUCACCAACUGGGAUGACAUGGAGAAGAUCUGGCACCACACCUUCUACAACGAGCUCCGAGUUGCUCCUGAAGAGCACCCCGUCUUGUUGACCGAAGCUCCCCUUAACCCCAAAGCCAACCGAGAGAAGAUGACCCAGAUCAUGUUUGAGACCUUCAACGCUCCCGCCUUCUACGUCUCGAUUCAGGCCGUUUUGUCCUUGUACGCCUCUGGUCGUACUACCGGUAUCGUUCUCGACUCUGGAGAUGGUGUCACCCACACUGUCCCCAUCUACGAAGGUUUCUCUCUGCCUCACGCCAUCCAACGUCUCGACUUGGCCGGACGAGACUUGACCGAAUACCUCGUCAAGCUCUUGACCGAGCGUGGAUACCUCUUCACCACCACUGCCGAGCGAGAAAUCGUCCGAGACAUCAAGGAGAAGCUCUGUUACGUCGCUCUCGACUUUGAGCAAGAGCUCCAGACCGCUGCCCAGUCCUCUCAACUCGAGAAAUCCUACGAACUUCCCGAUGGACAAGUCAUCACCAUCGGUAACGAACGAUUCCGAUGCCCUGAAGCCCUCUUCCAACCCUCGUUCUUGGGUCUGGAAUCUGCUGGUAUCGACGAGACCACUUACAACUCGAUUAUCAAGUGUGAUUUGGAUAUUAGAAAAGACCUUUACGGAAACAUUGUCAUGUCUGGAGGAACGACCAUGUACAACGGUAUCGCCGACCGAAUGCAAAAGGAGAUCACUGCGCUUGCUCCUUCUUCGAUGAAGGUCAAGAUUGUCAGCCCUCCCGAGAGAAAGUACUCUGUCUGGAUCGGAGGAUCUAUCCUUGCCUCCCUUUCUACCUUCCAACAGAUGUGGAUCGCAAAGAGCGAGUACGACGAGUCUGGACCUUCCAUUGUCCACCGAAAGUGUUUCUAGAGCGGUUCUCACGUCCUCUCGUUGGAACUUGGGUGAUUCUUUGGUGGGAUUUUCUUACUCUUAUCUCUUUCCUUCCCUGUGAAUUUCACGUCUCCCUCUCCUCCCUUGUUCACGCCUCCGUAGCCAAUAGCCUUUUGAAAUAUGUGAUGAAAGAUGAAUAAACCAAAUGACGGGUCA